AUGAGGAGAGUAGCAUUGCCACAGUCAUUCACAACUCAAAUCGAUUCCACCACUAGAUUCCCAAUCGAGAGCCCGCUCGCUACACCAACUGUACUCGUGAAGUGUCUCACCCUUCUAGGCAAAUGCUGCCGCACUAUCGUCUGCAAUGGCUGUUGCGAUGUGGUCCUCGGUGGAAUUUGGAAAACUGCUCUGGAGGACUUUUACUCGAAAAUGGGUCAUAUGGACAUUGCAUGCGGGCGUUCGAUGGAAUUGAAGGAAAGAACAUUGUUUUUGGAAUUAAAUCGAGGAGAUUUAGCAAUGGCUCAGAGUGUGUUCGACGAAAUGCCAGAGAAGGAGAUCAUAACUUUAGCAAUUGCUCAAAGUGUGUUUGAUGAAAUGCCAGAGAAGGAUGUGAUAUCUUGGAAUGUAAUGGUUUCUAGUUAUACAAUGGGUAGGAAUAUGGAGCAGGGAUAUGCAUUGUUUCGACAGAUGCCAGGGAGUAGUUUUGCUUCCUGGAAUGCUAUGAUCUGUGGGUAUCUAGAUUGCAGGAAGAUAGAAUUAGCAUGCAGCUUUUUUGAUGCGGUGCCCCAGAAGAACAAUGUUUCUCAUAUCACAGUGAUUUUCGAGUACUCAAAAUGUUGUCCGAGUUUGGUAAACUGUUCGGUCAAUAUGCAAACUGUAGGAUAUGUUAUGAUUUGA